AAAUCAAAUAUGAGAAACGAAGAACGAGAGCGAGAAUUUUGUUUUUAAAAAGCUGUGACUAAACAUUAAUCUAUAGUACGGGGAAGGAUGUAAAAGUAUAAUGCAAUCGUUCGAUAACAAAUGCUUUGAGUGAUAAUUCUUUAGACAUAAAUAGACGCUCGGUUAUUAUGGAUCAAGCAUCCGAAGCGCAGUUUUUAGCCAGUCAUAAAGACUUUUUAACAUUAGAUAGCACAUCGUUAGCAAAUAGAAAUCAGGAACUUAAAUUUGGCAAUGGAAGAGAUUCAGCAUCAUCCUGUAAUCGUUACCAACUUAAGCACAAUUAUUGUAAAUUCCUACCGAAGACCCAAUCGUUGGAUAUUGUGGACGAGACCGCAAUCGCCAACAUUGUCAGCAGUGAAAACUGCUUUGAAUCGAUUAAUGAAGAAUUAAUGCAAACAGCGUCGUCAACUGAUGAUAAGUCACCACAGAAAUCGAUGAUGCCAAAAGUUACAUCAUUGGACAAUAGUUCGUCCCGUCCAAUCUUUCCAAAUCUCACCUACAGUCCUUAUGGAAGUCCACGAAUAUCCAGAAAGCCAGCACGAGAAUCUCGAAGAAUCUCAAUCGAUAAAAAUGGCAGCUUUUUACAGUUGAAUCAGUAUAAGUUGAUGGAUCAAAUUGGCGUGGGAAGUUACGGUUUAGUUAAGCUCGCGUACAAUGAAGAAGACUCGCAACAUUAUGCCAUGAAAAUUCUAUCCAAAAAGAAACUUCUUAGAAAAGCUGGAAUAGGAUUAAAUCGAGGUCAUCCGAAGCGUGGUGUAAAUGCAACAACGCCAUUAGAUAGAGUUUAUCGAGAAAUCGCUGUUCUUAAGAAACUCGAUCAUCCAAAUGUUGUGAAGUUGGUUGAAGUUUUAGAUGAUCCAAUUGAAGACGCACUUUACAUGGUCUUUGAGUUAGUGACGAAGGGUGAAAUUCUUGAUAUUCCUACGACCAAUCCAUUGACAGAAGAACGAGCGUUGUUUUUCUUUCGGCAAGUUGUAUUAGGCGUUGAAUAUCUUCAUUAUCAGAAAAUAAUUCACGGUGAUUUGAAGCCCGAAAAUCUUUUACUUGCUGAAGAUGAUGUGAUUAAAGUAGCUGAUCUUGGCGUUUGCAAUGAGUUUCUUGGUGAUGAUGCAUCGAUUGAUCAGCGAACAGCAACAGGAACGCCAGCAUUUCGUGCACCAGAAACACUUUCAGGUCAAAAUGUUUAUUUUGAUGGAAAAAGUGCCGACAUUUGGUCACUUGGCAUCACACUCUAUGCUUUCGUCUUUGGCGACGUUCCUUUCAAGUCUCAGACAAUUCCGGUUCUUUAUGAGCAAAUUAAGAAUGAAGACGUUGUCUUUCCUUCUAAUAUUCCUUUCAAUGAUGACCUCAAAGAUCUGAUAUUAUUAAUGUUGAACAAAGAUCCAAUGAAACGCAUUAACAUGCAGGAAAUUAAGGAACAUAAAUGGGUGACACAAAAUGGAAAGUAUUUGAUGCCAUCUGAAGAUGAACAUUGUCAACGACUAGUGCAAAUUAGUGAAGAAGAUAUUUCAUCUGUCGUUAAGUCAAUUCCCAAACUUGACACUUUAAUACUCAUCAAGAAGAUGCUUAAAAAUCAUUCAUUUCAAAAUCCAUUCCUUUCAGCAAUUGGCAACUCAAGUGUCGCCAAAAGCAUCGCAUCGAGAAUCUCAAGAUUGGAACGAUUCCAAAGUAGUCGUUCCAAUUCGGCACCGGGUAAUUAUCAGAAUUCCAUGCCAAGUAGCAGUUCUACUGCGCCUACAAGCGAUUUAAAUGAGCUCGAAUCACCUGUUGAUUGAAUCAUCAAAUUUCACCAAUCUCUCUCUCUAUCUCUCUCUCUUUUUUGCCAAUACUUUUUAUCUAUCUAAUUAUCCCUCUAUUUCCUUUUCUAUUUUAUUAUGAACGUAGCUAGCUAGCUAGUAUUAAGUCGAAGGAACAAAAAUAAAAACUAAUGAAAAUCCCUUUUAAAAGCAUUUGCCAUUAAUUGUCUUGUCGUCGCAUAAAGACUUUCAACAUUUCUAGAAAUCUCUUAAAUAUCUAAAAAUAUAUCUCGAAGUAUCUCCAUUUAAUUGUUGUUUUAUGUUUGCGCGCGUAAAUGAAGGCAAGAGAUGAAUUUUUAAAUGGUAGUUUUAUUAGAUUCAUACGACAUCGGAUAAGCGAUCCAAAGCAAGAAUAAAACGUUGACAAUGAUGACGGUCAUGUGUAUCUUGCUGAUGCUUUAAAGCGUUCCGAUGAUUUAUAAAAAUAGAAGAAUUAAAAUUAUAAACAUGAAACCAAAAGCUUUAAAUACUUAUUGAGAAAAUUAAAUUACUUAAAGGAAAAUUACAAAUGUGAAAUUUUUAAAAAUUACUUAAAGAAAUUUAACAUAAAAAUUGAGCUUUUAAAAGUUUUUCUUUUUCGUUUUCAACAUUAUCAUAAAAAUUUAAUAAAUAUACAAAUAUAAAAUAUAUAAAGAUCAAUUUCAUCAAAUAAUUAGAAAUUGAAUCCAAAAAUAUCUCCAAAAGCUUCAACAAGUGUAGAAUAGAGAAAUAAGAAAAGAAUUCUGUAAUCAUUUACAUUCUACAUAGAUGGGACCAUUUAAUUUAUCUACCUUGACAGUUAGCCUUCCCCGACCUUCCACAUGAAAGUUGAACCCGCAAGAAAUCCUUGUUACUUAAUUCAUAGAAACAAUUCCUCACAUACAACGAACACUACAAGACGACAGCAAAGAAGAAAUGGUUUUGUUGAAAACUUUUUUAAGAAAAGCUCGAAAAAAUAUUUUUUUAUCCGAUUUUUUCAUGUUUCGUUAUGUCAUUGCAAUGGCGCCAAGACAUUUUAUCAAAAAGCAAGGAGAAAGAAAGAAGAAACGUACGAAAAACCUUUUAAAAGAAAUUCAAAAGCUUUAAUACCAAUUCGUUAUUCAAUUGUGUAAUUAAAAGGAUUAAAGAUUUUUAUAAAUAAACUUAAAUAAUGACAUUUUGAUCGCGAUUACUUAAUAUAUUUAAAGAAAUAUGUUGAUUGCAAUAGCAAAUUAACCAGAACAUGUAGUAAGAAAUGCUAAACUGUAAGCAAAGAUCUUUUUAUAAAUUUAAAAUUUUAAACAAAUAUCUCAUAUAUUCCUUAUCAUCUUCUGCAAGCAUUCUUAAGAGAUUUUUAAGGCAUAUCACGUACUUGAUACUUAAGAACGUUUAAAAUCCUCAAAUUUUUAAAGUAAAUCAUUUUUAAGUCUUGAGUUUGUCUAUCUAAAAAAAUUAUUUUUUGUAAAUUCAUGACAUAAAUUAAAGAAAAAUAUAAAAUAAAUAAAAUUGAUGAAUAAAGA